AUGAUGCAAUUACCAGCGGCGGCCUAUGAAGAAGGUUAUGUGCAGUAUCAAAUUCCAUCCCGACCCACAAAAAUAACGACCACAUUUGUAAAACAAUUAAUAGCGAUCAAAGAUGCAAUGGAAAAAGAAAUUAGAGAUUUAAUGUUGUCUUUGGAUAAAGUAGGAGUAGGAUUAAAAUCAUCGUUGCUUGAUGAAGAAGGCUUUCCGAGAGCAGAUCUUGAUUUAAACGAUAUUCGAUCGAAACGACACAGAAUUGCUUGUUUACAAAAUGAUCACAUUUCAUUGAUGAAUGAUAUCCAGAAUUAUUUAUAUGAAUUACAUGAAGAAAGUAGAGCAACGAAUGAACAAAAAUCAUCAACAACCACGACCCAAAAUGUCGAUAAAUCAUCAACAAGCAUGGAUACUACUAAUGACGAAGAAGAACAAUUAGAGCCAUUCCUCAAAGUGAACACUGUUUCUCCAAAUUCACCUGCAGAAAAAGCAGGUCUGUGUCCUGGUGAUGAAAUUACACAAUUUGGAUACCUUGUUAAAAAAGAUAUUAAGAACAAUGGAUUGAAAAUUCUUCCAACCGUUGUUCAAUCGAAUGUUAAUAAGCAAAUGAAAGUUCAUCUACUAAGGCAAGAAGGCUCCACCAAGGUGAAAAAAGAGCUAACUCUUGUGCCUGCUUAUUGGAGUGGUCAAGGUUUAUUAGGAUGCCACUUUCUUGAAAUUCAUUAA